AUGGACGGUACUACAGCUGCAACUGCUACAUAUAUAUGUAUAAAGCCGUUUAAUGCCAGAUUGGGUGACGAGUUGACGCUCAAGAUUGGGGACAAGAUCCAAGUUUUGGCAGACGACCGCGAAUAUAACGAUGGCUGGUACAUGGGUAAAAACUUGCUAACGGGCGACGUUGGCUUGUACCCAAAGACGUUUACACUGGUGUUGGAAAAGAGCAAUGAUCAAAAGACCUUGUUGCGCUCUAGAUCGAGACGAGUGUUGGCCCCGCCUCAGAAUAGCAACAAAAACGGCAAUGCAACCGCAACAGGUACAAACGGCACAGAUGGUACCAUUAAUACCAGCGCCGUCUCCGUCGCAAAUGGCCUCAACAAUGACACAGCAAACAAGCCGAUGAAGAGCUAUAAUGGCAAUUAUGGCGCUGAGCCAGGCUUGAAAUUGAACAAAUCCCUUGAAAAACUCAACAUCAAGGAUAAUUCAACCUCCAGGCGAGGUUCACAAGACUCUCAGGGGCUUUCCACAGUCAAUAAUAACAAUAACAGCAGUAAUGGCCAAGGCAGGAAAUCUACAACAGCCUCAGCCUUUAAUUCAAACUCAAAUUCAAAUUCAAAUACAAAAGCCCACAAGAGAGAUGCUUCGACUCAGUCUUUAACCUACGACUUGAACCCUUUACAGGCCUUGAGUUGGACCCCCAAACAAGUUUCAUCUUAUUUCGCGCUAGUGUUGGGGUUCGACAAAGAAGUCGCCAGCAAAUUUGUCCAACACAAAAUCACGGGACCCAUCUUGUUUGAAUUGGAUUUGGGCCAUUUAAAAGAGUUGGAUAUCAACUCGUUUGGCACUAGAUUCGAAAUACACAAGGAAGUUGAAAAAUUGAGAGAAAUGAAUGCAAGAUCGGCCAAGCUUAAGCAGUCUCGUACAAGCUCGCAAUCGACAACCUCCUUGAAUAAAAAUGAACAAACACAAUCAACCGCCAUGUCAUCUCCCACGGAAAUCACAUCGAUUCAAGACCAAGAUCAAGAUGAUAAACUAUUCACCUCAAGCAAAGCACAAUUGAUGCCAUCAGCAGUGAUUCAAGACUCCUCGGUGUCGUCUUUUGAACACCAACGAGCAAAAUCCCAAUCGAUGGAAAAUCUAACUCAACACUAUGACUCGUCUUUUAUGUCGCCAAGAAAAGCCCCUCAACCACCACCACCAUCUUCAUCUCUUAGUCCCAUGGAUACCAAUUUCAAAUUUGGCGGAGGCGCCAUUAAUGGAGAUCAAAAUCUGCAGCAACAACUGCUGCACGGGUUAUACAUGACUAGGACAAAUGCUUCAAGCAACGCCUUAAAUUCAAGACCAGCGUCGUCAGUUUACGAUCAAGGUUCUCACAUUAGGCAACAAUCACAAACCUCCAACUACCGCCAACAGCAUCACAGAAACAAUUCCGGCCUCAACCAUAGGCGCCACUCGUCCAUGUUUUCGUUUCUUUCCAACGGCAACGAUGACUUUAACAAGAAUGGCGCAACGCCAAAGCAAGCUUCAACCAACAAACUUAAUGACCUUUCAAAAGAAAACUUUGAUGAUAAGAAAUUAAUAUCGCCUGCUCAAAUCAAGAGGGAGAUUGGCCUAGCAUCUUCUCCAAGACCCAAGUCCUUUGAGCUUCCGAAUCAUGCUCCAGCUCAUUCUGGUGCUGCUGGUGCUGCUCCUUCUUCUUCUUUGCCGGUUGACAUUGAUGACGUUAAUUUGUCGCCUAAAAAGGACACAAUCGGCGCAUUGCAGUCUAAACAGAUUGAAGCUAUCAAAGACGACAGAAGAGUGGCCAGUGACCCGCCAAUUCAUGCUCAACUCAAGGACGGCCGACCUGGUGCGUCUAGGUUCCAAAGUCUCCGCAAAACCUCUACUCAAAACUUUAAGAAUUUAACCGGAUCCAAAAAGCUGAAAACUUCAGCAUUCACCGAAGGUAUUCGUGAGAUUAGCCCCGAUGAAGCCAUCAAGACCGCCAAUUAUAGCGGCUCAAUGUCCAAACGUUCCGGCAGUGCCUUUUCAUGGAAGACCAGAUACUUUACUUUACACGGAACUCGAUUAUCAUACUUUACUUCGUUGAAAGAUAAACGCGAGAAAGGUUUGAUCGACAUCACAGCUCACAAGGUUGUGUCCAUCAAUAGUGAAGCCGACGAUUUGGACAAGGCUGACAAGUAUGCUGCAAUGUAUGCCUCGACUACUCUUGCAGGCAACUAUUGUUUCAAGUUGGUUCCGCCCGCGCCAGGCUUCAAAAAGGGGCUCACCUUCACGCAACCAAAGACGCACUAUUUUGCUGUGGAAACAGAAGAGGAGAUGAGAGGAUGGAUCAAGGCGUUGAUGACUGCUACCAUCGAUAUCGAUGACUCAGUGCCCGUUGUAAGUAGUUGCUCAACUCCAACUGUCACUUUGCUCAAGGCUCAAGAAUUAUUGGCCAAGGCUCGAGAAGAAAACAAACUCAAGGACGAGGAACUACGAGCAAAAGGGUACAUUCGAGGCGACGAAGAUUUCACGAAUGACUCGUCUUUCCAAACCUCGAUGUACGCGUCAUCAACAUUGGCUCCAGAGAGACCUUCUAAACUAUCGAUUGACACAUCAGCAGCUGCGGCAACAACAUCAAGGAGAGACACAAGUAUUCUAGCUCCACCUUUGACCCCGCUGAUGCAAUCGGGAGGCGGCCAAGGCGGGUUUGCAUCGCCAUAUUUGUUGGCGUCUGGGUACAUGUCGCCCAGAUCUGGAUCUCCAGCAGGCACCCCGGGCUCGGUAAGCACAGGUUAUUUCGCGGAUAACAACUCGCUUCAGCCCUCAUUUGGACAGACCUUGAACGCGGACAGCUUAAUGCUGAGCUCCAAGAAGAACCUCGGCGCCAUGCCCCACUCGGCCAGCUCAUCGCCCACUAUUCCCCAAUCAGAACAGAGUCCCGCAAGCAACAACUUUGAAACAAAGUCGCCUUCAAGGGCUACCCUCUCGCGAGCAAUGAGCGGAUCCAGGAAAAAGGAAAAGAUGAUGGCCUAUAGCAGUGACAGCUCGGGCAACCAUACAUUUGUCAUAAAAGCCAAGAGGUAA